AUGGACCUUCAAGACUAUCUUUUCUCAUUUACUUCUAAGAAAAUAGUUCAGCGAAUGUUCUUGCCUGGAUUUCCAGUGUGUCGAGAUUUCGCUGUCCUGGAGGACCACACCCUGGCCCACAACCUGCAGGAACAGGAGAUUGAACAUCAUUUGGCAUCAAACAUUCAGCGGAACCGUUUGGUCCAGCACGAUCUCCGGGUGGCUAAGCAGCUCCAAGAGGAAGAUCUGAAAGCUCAGGCUCAGCUGCAGAAGCGCUACAAAGACCUUGAACAGCAAGACUGUGAAAUUGCUCAGGAAAUCCAGGAGAAGCUGGCUAUUGAGGCGGAGAGACGACGCAUCCAGGAGAAGAAGGAUGAGGACAUAGCUCGCCUUUUGCAAGAAAAGGAGUUACAGGAAGAGAAGAAGCGAAAGAAACACUUCCCAGAGUCCCCUGGAGCCAAUGCUUAUGGCGAGCAUUACUGUUACGAAGAUGGAGACCAGCCUCGGUCAAGGAGGGCAAGGGAAUGGGGUUCUGAAUUCUCAAGGUCUUGUAAACUCCAAAGUGAUGAAAAGACUGUGAAGCAGAGAAAGGAGAAACCCAGACAUCCACCAGAGAACUUGGAAGAACUAGAAGAGCAUCGUUUACCAGAGAAAUGUCUGUCCUCUAGCUCACGCAAAGUGAGGGACGAUCCCCCAAUUCACACUGAACAUCAGGAAAGGAAAUGGUCUGGUCAUGAGAGGGCCCGGAGACCACCUCUCCCCAGGAUCAGUGGUGAGGUGUUUCUGAGUACAGAAUUUGAUGACCAUGAGGCUAACAGUAGUCAUCGAACUCGGAAUUGGGAAAAACAGUCCAGACACCAAGACCGGCUUUCACCGAAGUCUUCUCAGAAAGCAGGGAUUCACUGCAAAGAGGCUGUACAUGGGAGGGAGCGUGGGCAAGGUGAGCGCAGAGAGAAGAAGCCCGGGCCCAGGACUCCUCCCUUCUCGGAGAGUCAGGAGCGGCUCCAACUCCGUGACACAGGACUGAAGCCGAGAGGGAUGAAAGAAGCAGUCUCAACUCCAUCACGAGUGAUGCACAGGGACCAGGAAUGGUAUGAUGCUGAAAUUGCCAGAAAGCUGCAGGAAGAAGAAAUUUUGGCUACCCAGGUGGACAUGAGAGCUGCUCAAGUAGCCCAGGAUGAGGAAAUUGCUAGACUUCUAAUGGCUGAAGAAAAGAAAGCUUACAAGAAAGCCAAGGAGCGGGAGAAAUCGUCAUUGGACAAAAGAAAGCAUGACCCCGAUUGGAAGCCCAAAACACCUAAGUCGGCACACUCAAAGUCAAAAGACAGUGAUGAACCUCACCGUCCUAAGAGUGACAGGCCAGCACGGCCGCCACCACCUACCGUGACAGAUGCUGAGGAUUUGGAUUACACUUAUCCUACACGUCAUUUCUCAAAAUCAGACUCCUCUCAUAAAGGUUUCCAUUAUAAGCAGUAAAAACCUAGGAAUCUGCCUUGAAAACGGACUCACUGUAGAAAAUAUUACUGGAUAAUGCAGAAUGCAUUCCACGCUUAUUUUUUCCUUCUAUGUUUGUAUUCCUGGGAUUUAUCCUCAAGUGUUUUUCUAACCAUAAAUAAUUUUAAUGCAUUUAAAAUGUUUUGGUUAUUUCUGGUCACUUGGGCAGUACAAGAAAAUCUAGCUUCUGAAUAUUGACCACCUCUACACUGCAUCUGCUUCCUGAGAUACAGUAUCCAAGAGAUCUGUAAAAUGCCAUUUUUCUUAGGUGUGGAGUAUUGGUAUCUAGGGACUAGGCUUUAUUUAGCAAUUAGAAUUUAGUGAAGAUAAUAAGGUAAGACAUAAUGUUUGGAUGAAAUGCAGAAUAAAAGAAUGUAAGAAAAUAGUUUUUUGGGGUGCAUUAGUGUACGAUAUAUUGAAAGACAGAGCCUUUUGCUUUUUGUACUCUUCAGGAAAAGAAAAAAAAUCACAAUCAUGAAGUAUUUAAAAAACCACACCUGGAACAGCUGAAAUAUGUCCUCUGACUACGAGGACUGUAGAGGUUUUGCAUAUCCUUACACACACCCUCCAGGGAAAAUUGGCCUCGAUGUCACACUCUAACACUUUCUUGUUAUUGCUUCUGAAGCCUCUGGGCAUUGCCCAUUUAUUAGUAUUUAUUGGAAAAAAAUAAUUCUAUCUUAACUCAGGUCUGUGUAAAGUCAACUAAAAAUGAAAACUUUCUAUCCCUUCUCAUUUUACAUUUAGUUAUACAGCCAAGGCAAGUGGAAUUGGGAAGACAUGUUUCUACGUGUCAUUCUCUCUGGCCACAGAUUGAAGAUUCCCUCUUGCUUAAAAAACAUAGCAGUAUUUGUUGACAGCCUCAAAAAGGAUUUAUGUAUUUUCCAAUAGUUAGAUUAAUUCAACAUGAAGUUGAUGUUGGUAAAGCGCUUCUUUAUUCAUGUAUUUGGUUCUACAACUUGCUAUUGAUACACGGUCAUUGGAUCCUUUAUACAAGACCUUUAAACUCCUCUUCAAGAAAUCUAGUCUUUGUCUAGCUCCUUAUGGAAAUACUUAUUUUCCUAUACUAGUUAACACAAAUGUCAAUCACGCUAUAUAUAUAUAAAUAAUAUCCCUUCAGCUUGACUGCCUAUUACUUGUCACUGUAUGAAUUGGACAUUUUUGGCAUUCUAGUAUGCUGUUUGUUUAGGAAAGAAAUGCAUAGGUGACUAUUGAAAACGUUCUUAAUCCAUUCUUUUCCCAUUGGGAAAUGCCUUCAGUUUGCCUUAUCUUUCCCGAUAGUCUUUAAAGUCUGACAAUAUUCAGGAAGCUACUAAGAGUGGUUUUAAGAGUGGAUUUGGGUGUUUCAUUUUGAGAAGGGUCUUUAGUUUCCUAAAGUGUUUGGAUUGUAGGGAUUUGGGUAAAAGGAGUGUAAGAGUUAAGUUUUGGGGAAAUGAUAAAGAAACAAAACCCUACGGGAGGUAGUCAUUUCAGAGAAAUGGGAAAGGGGAAAUAACUGAACUUGGAAUGGCCAAGAUGAGAUGAGUGAGUAAAAGCCUUCAUUGAGCCAGGGGCAAGUAGGUGGAGGUCCUGGCCUUAUGUCCAGUUGCAGAGAGGGUGGUUUCAGUAUCCAAAGCUUAGGCUUGUUGACUUACAUGUUUUUUGUCUGCCCUGUGAUUUUGCUUUAUGUUUUAAAAAGUUUUUAUGGUAGCUUUAAACGGAAAAAAACAAAACCAGUGUAUUUUUAUUUGAUAAUUAGGCAGAUGGGUGAUAUCAUUUGCCAUAUUUUUAUUUUAUAAAUGUUUAUUUUUAUAUCUCAUGCAAUGAUCAGUUUUACUUUUAAAUUCUACAUUCCUCUUGCCUUUCAUGUACUUUAUUCAAUUAUAUUUAUUAUUGUGAAAUGCUAACUGGAUAUAUUUCAUUCAAAAAUGUCAGGCCACUUAACACUUAACUGGAAUGUUAUAGUGUUUCAACUGUCUUAGCGAGUGACCCAAGGUUGGUAUUUCUUUGCUACAACCAUUUCAACAUCUGUAUUGAAAAUUUGAUAUUUCGUCUUUAGGUUUUUAAAAAAAGUGGUAUUUGAGAAUAUGUUAAUGUAACUUAAUGUUCCGUAAAGCAAACACGCUUUACAGAGUAUGAGAGUAACUCUCCCUGUGAAUAAGGGGACGAAGUCAAACGCAGCCUGCUAAAUCCCCCUGUCCUCGUUCACCUCACUCAGAUAAUGAGAUUGUCUUUGGGACUGGGGAAGCAACUAACCACGGCAUUUUAAGGAACUGCCAGUCGUUCUGCACUGUGUUCUCUGUUUUUCACUUUGUCAUUUCUGCAUAAAUGUGGGAGCAUUUAUUUUGUUCCUGUUCCUGCCGCUGGAACACAGUUUAAUUUUUAGGCCCACGAUGUAUUAUGCUUUAAUGUUGUGAUGUAAACUAAUACUUCUGGCCUUGGAAAAUGUUUCUGUUUCUAUACCUCUCUUCUCUGGAGGCCAGGCUCUGUUAACACUAGUGUUGCUAAAUGAGCACAAUAUGUUAAGGAGCCUUAUACUGGGCAGAUGCAGCCCCUCCCUCAGCCUAACUUUUUGUAAAACAUUGCCUGGAAACAAGGUGAGAUGGGCCAGCUUAAAUGCUCUGAGUUGAAAAAACAAUUCUACUCUAGUGUCAAAUCAUUGUCAGCCAUGUUAUUUUAUUAAGAGACUAGAUAGUUGCUGCACAUAUUUUAAAAGAACACUGAGAUUUUUAGAAAGUGACUUUGCAUACCAUUGAAUUUCUAUUUCUCAAAUAUCUUUACAAUAACCAGCAACGAACAGUCUAAUGAAUGGCUUGAAAGACUAUAUAGCUUUUGAUCAUAGAGAAAUAUCUGAAUGAGAAAGGAAAGAUGUGGAUAGAUGCUCCCAGGAGGAAAACCUUUUCAGAAGGGCAGUGGCCACGGGAUCUAGAUCAGCAAAUCCCAAAAUGUGUGACCUUUGUUGGCCUUGUGUUCCACUGAACUCACAAAGAAAACUAUGAACUGGACCCAUUUUCCCUUUUCUUCUCUUCUGUGGCCUGCAGCCGAACUUGGGUGACGAAUAAAUUCCUUGCUGACUCUGACCAUACCUUUCCCUCAAUAUCAGGACUUUCUGGUAUAAAAAUAAUUAACUUUUAACUGAUUCUUAUUUUUCUUUAAUACUUUCAAAUGUUCUCUUAAUUUGUCUUGUGCCAAAUUGUUCUUUGGAAACACCUGUUAUAAUAUGGUGCAUUCAGUUCACCACAUAAGUGGUUAACAUUUUAGAGCCUUGAUUUUUAAUGAGUGUUGCCUUUGUAUAAAAAUAUCAAGAUUAUUUAAUAAUUCAGUGAUGAUUUUCUCAAAAGGUAGCUGUGGUGAUUGGCUGUAAGAUCUUCAGCCAAAUAAAGGAACAGGACCCCUGAGUAAUCAGCAUUCUGAGGACUGAGAACAGAGUAGAACUUGUACUCAAAGGCUUCUUUCCCUUUUGGGAAAACAGUCCUCAUGUAGGGAGUGCUCAUGUGGGAAGCGAACACUGACCAGGCAGAUUCCACCAUACAUAACGUGCCAUAUCCUGAUAACAUUGGCUUUUUAGACACAAUAAUAAAAAACAAAACACCUGUUCUUUCAGCAAAAAGGAAAAACAGAUUUUUAAAAUGCUCUGUUCAUUAUUUACUGCUCUUAGAGAAGUGACUAGAUAAAUGGUCCCAUUUUCUCCUCACAUCUGGUGGUGCCUGUGAGUCUUAAAGCCAUAACUGCUUACCUUCCUAUUGCUAGAACGCUUUUCUCUCCUUAGCCCAUAAGAGGCAGCCUGGGCAGGGAGAAGCAAACUGGAGACUGCCCUGACAAUGCUGCGUGGCGCACAAAGUCAUCCAGAUUCCUGGCCGAAGAAUCUUUGAUCCCUGAUGAUAUAUAAGAUCAUUAAAGGGAGGAGUCAAGGCCAUUGUUGCUCCUGUCAUUUAACUGUUGAAAAUGCUGAAAUUUAAUUCUGGAGAAGUCAAGAAGGAAGAGGUAAGCUGGAAAAUCUCACUUCUGCAGUCGCUUUUCUGCUGAGACCUGCACUUCAUGUGAGCACUGUCUGAGGAGCAGUAUUGCCUUAAAUUAGUCUGAUUCCAACUGAGGUCAGAGUAUUGUACUUCUUAUAUGUAAAUGACUGUCAGCUCUCCAUUGAGAUAAAAAAUUCACAGGUGAUCCCCAAGCAUCCUUGCCGUCUGAGCUGUGGACCUCCUCCCACUGAGCUGUGGGUAACCUCUACACGGAUAGGCACAUCAUUUCAUUUCAAGUUGCCCCUCUAUCUGUGGAUGAGCAGCGGCACGGUGAAAAAGGCUGGUAGGAGAGGGAGAAUUUCCUGGCCAGAUUGUUCAGGUUAUUCCUGAAUAAUUGGGAGUUGACUGUCUUUUUCCAUUAUGACCAUGUAGAAGAUAUUUCCAAAGGUUCUAUUAUGCAUUGAAGUCAACUCAUUACUGUCUUGUAAGAAUUUCAUCAGCACUCUUAUGUAUUGAAAUGCAUACCAUUAACAACAGAGAAAACCAAACAAAAUAGAGACCUUCACUUGAAAUUGGAGAUUAGUUGGUGUGAAGAGUCUUUCUGGUUUAUUACUUUCAACAGAGAAUUAACCCGGAAAACUUAGGCUGUGGUAGGGAAGACACCAGUGUUUUUUUAAAGCUUGUAUUUGAUGCCACAAAUCAGUAUAACCAUCUAAGUAAUCAUGUUGAUUUGUGGAAAUAAUCUGGUCCUAAAAACCACUCUUUCCCUUAUAUAUUUGUGAAAUCUGCCUAGAAACAUGUCCCUGAUAGAUUUAGUAGGCAUUUGUGUAUUCUCAGCAAACUAGAAAGGUUCUUUUCCUUUUGAGUAACUUCAUUGCCUAGGGAGCUGGCACCUGCUGGCUUUAGCUUUUCAGUUAAGGGCAGAGCUGACUGUCUGACUCAGUGCCCCAAGAUUCAUUGCUGAGGUUCAUGUGGAAGGAAUAGAAGGACUGAAAGACAGGGUUUGAGUGACAUUUCCGUCACAAAAGAGCAAGGAUUAAGAACAGCGAGGGCAGUUGAGAAUAUCCUGUUACACAUCCUAUGCUUAGGAUAUGUGUUUCUUGCACUGAAUUUCAGACCCUCAUUGCUAAAAUAGUUUCUGGCUGUUAAAUUUGGUAAGAGGGUUUUUGAUGUCAGGAUAUUUUUAGAAUUUCUUGUUGAAUUAGUCUCUGAAAUCCCCGCAGGUUGUGACUUCAACUCUUGCCAUACGCUGAAAGCCCAGUGCCCUGUCUCAGAAAUAGCUGUAUUUUUCACCUGCCUCUUCAAGGCAACCUAGUAUUUAUUUCAUGAAGUAUUGUAAAUAAUGAGGAGGUAUAGUGGGAAGAUAGCAUAUAAAAAUGAUGAUCCAAAAUGAGAAUUCUCUGGAAUGGUGUUUUCCUUAAGAAUCCAUCCCAGCACAAUAUUAUAUCUUGAAAGGUGCUGAACUACAAAGUACAACUAAGAGUUCACUCAUACAAAUCAAGUUGCUCAGGAAAUUUGAGGUGGUGCUGUCAUUUGUCUUACAAUUUGGUAGAGUACUCUUUUGAGAGAGAUACUGCACGGUACCCAGGCAGUUUCAGAUUCUUUGCUAAGAAACUCUUUGACAUUUGGAAUGUGGAUAUGUUUCAGAAACACAUGAUGUAUUAUCCCCAGUGCUCAUCAGUUGGUAGCCAAGCCCCAGAGGGAAAGUCAGCUUUGAAAUAGUUGCUUCAUGGAACUGAACAGAACCUUGAUGGAAUACAGUUGCCUAUCUGAGGACAGAAAACAGAGGCCACCUCAAACCACAUGCCUAUGUAGAGAUUCAAUGAAACUGUGAGGGACACUCCUGUGGAUGCCUUAAAGGUGACUGGUGUUGGGACCUGGUGGGUGUGUAUGCACCCAUCUGGACUAGGCCGAUGGAAACAGUGUAUUUUAAUUCACCCUCAUAUAGCACAAGUCGUUCCUGCUCAUGACCUCAUCAAAGAACAAGAACCUGGUGCUGGUGACUUCCAUGUGUCUUGGGAGGUUGAGGUGGGAAUGUCAUUUGGACUCUCCAGCGCUCAAGCCUCCGUUAAAUGCCACUUAAGCAUCUACAUUAAUUCAUCUAUGCAAGCUUGUGUUUAUAUGGUUUGUUUUUGACACCCAUGUCCCAUUUGGUUCUUUAAACAUCAGGAUUAACAUUGAUAUGAAUAAUUUUUAAACCAAAGCAUUGUAUAAGUCUGCGUGCUUGUUUUCCUGGAUGGUCUGAGGCAAACACCAAUAUUGUCCUUUUCUCUGAAUAAAGUCAUCCAUUUGUUAAGUCAA